AUGGCGCGACUGAACGAACCCCCUGCGCUGGUCGAUAGCUACGACAACUUGCGGCGCAAGUUCCUGCGCCAGAACAGAGACAUCGCCCGUGUCAACUCGAACCAGUCGCUUCGCAUCCGCGGCCUCGAAAACGAAUGCGCACGACUCCUGUCCGAAAACCUGGAGCUGCGUGGUCAGGUCUUGCGCCUUGAAAAGGAGAUCGACGACAACAAGUCCCAGCGCGUGGCCGACCAUGCCCUGCAAAUAAAGCAAAAGAUGGAGGCCCAGCUCUUCGAAUUGGGCUCUCUCCUUGCCACCUUUGGCCUCGAACCACCGGCCAAGAGACAGUCGCCCGUGGCUCUACGACGCGCCGAUAAGCCCGCAAGACUGAGCCUUUCGAGGGAGGCCGUGUCGCCGCUGCAGAGAAAACCGCCUGCUCUUUCGCCGAGCGAGGCAGAGAGUCUUGCAAUCCAAGAAGGCCGCCUGCCGCCAAUCUACGAAACUAAGAGCUUCCCGCGGAAGACUCUCAGCCGAGACGAAAUCCUCGCCAUCCCGUCCGACGAGAGUGAAACGGCUGGUUCCCCCGUGCUUGGCCCUCCGCCAGUCUCUCGCCUCCUCCACGUUGACCGGACGAUUUCAGUGGACCCGACGAAGAAAACAACGGAGAACACCGUCCAGAAAGCUGAGCCCGCACCGAAGCUCAAGACAACUGCUACAGUGAAAGAGCCUUCCAAUGGCAGCAAUGCGGAGGAAGUACCUGUAGCCAAGGUCUCGCAACCAGCACCACCUCCCAGUAUCGCAAAGUCGAAAUCCGAGCCCGAGACGACGGCCGCUACCAUUCGCACCGUAAGCACAAACGCAAAAACGGUAGAACCAUCAUCGGCGCUCGAAACUUCUGCUGCCCCAACCUCUGCCGCCCCCGCUGCACCAGCUGCAGCGGCUUCGACCCCGUCUUCAAAACCCGCUGGAAAGAGGAAGUUCGCUGUCAAUGAUGAGAACGCUGUUGCUCGUGGGAUGAAGGCCGGGGAGGCGCUUGGCAAGGCGUCGGCACCGAUUGAUCGCAGUGUGCCAACACGGGAGCUGAAAAAUCCGAGGAGCAUAAGAAGCCUCGUCAACAGUCGUAAGGAGUCGAAUGAGACUCACGGCGACGUCAAGACUACCGUGGGAGGAAGAAAGCCCCUGGCUGCAAAGAACGCAAAUGAAGACAUCUCGUCGCCUCGGAAGCAGGCUCUGAACGACGCAUCCGGAAAGCACAAGGGAGGCAACGGAAACACCCACAAAGCGGUACAACUUGGAGGCCGUAUGCGGAACCGCAUGAAGUCGCCCUUGGUCGUGGAUAUCCCGGACACAACAUCACCGGCUGCUGUUGACGUCAAGGUCAAUGAUGACAAGAGCGACAACACCCGCAAGCCUACUACACCUUUGCCCUCUAAUGACCAAGCACCAGGACACGUCGAUGUCGACAGCGAGCCAUUGCCCGAACUUGAACCAGAAGCCCCGUGUCCUUGUACACCACCCCCUGCAACGGCAACAAUUCUCACCUCUCAGCGCCUCGUGCCUACCCACGUUGAAGGCCGCGACACCCCGCCGCCGGCUGACAUUUCCUCCCAUGGCGAGACGUCUCGGCCUAAUAGACGAUCACGCGCCUCGGUCAGCUAUGCAGAGCCCAACCUGCGGGACAAAAUGCGACGUCCGACAAAGGAACUCUUCGACGCCGUCGCAGGCGAGGGGAAAUAUGUUCAGCGCCAGAGUCACCAGCCCCACCAAGAUGGCCAAGAUAUAGCAGCGAUGACCACGGUUGCGAAAUCCGAUUUGCUAGUUCCGCGGCCCCACGAGCAACAACCUAGGGAGGACAAGGCUGCACAGACUCAGCUCGUCACGGAUUCGGACAAGCGCCAGCCACGAGCGUCGUCAGUCGGCGAGCAAAAGGCAAUCAACAAGCCCGAUUCCGAAGCUGAGGGGACAAACAGGUCAGCGGCUGAUCAGGACCCAUAUGAAUUCACGGUCGCUUCAUCUCCAUCCCAAGAGGCCGAGGACGAGGAGUGCGAAGCUAGCAUGGGCAAGGCGAGAGGCGGAUCAAGAAAGUCGGCUUCUUCUCGGGCUUCCCUCAAAACCACGCGGCGGUCUUCGACGACAAAUACACGGGAAGAUGGCACUGCGUCGGCGGAUCGGCAUACCCGACCAUCAGCAGCACGCAAGCGUGCGUCAAUGGUUGGGAUGAAACGGGGAUCUAUGCUCGAAGACGACGAAGAAGAUGCUGCCGACUCCUCCUACGAGCCACCUGCAGAAAGAGAUGACGGCCAAGCCAUAGAGGGCCGGGCACUAUCAACACGGGACAGGAUAUCACGGCGACGGAGCAUGAUGCUAUAA